UUUGCUGCUUUUGCUGCUUUUGCUGAUUUUACUUCUUUUGCUACUUUUUCUGGAGAAAACUGAAGAAGAAAAGCUGGAAAGAAAGAGCAAUUAUUCUGUGAUCGCCAACAAAACAAAAGAAAUGAGAUCAUUACCACCUCAGCGAGUGUCGAAAAGAAGAGCAAUAGGAAGGUUUUUGCUCUCGGUGAUCCUCUCAAUUCUCAACUGGGAAAACAAAAUGGAGUUGCUUAUCAACACAAACCAAGAGCAGAACAACAUGGGCAGCUGUGCAUUGUACCAGACAAAAUACCACAGCAUCAGAGCACGAUUGCGAAGACGACUCCGAAAACACUUGCAAAGCGUGGUUCCAUGCUCGAGAAGCAAAAUGGUCCAGUUGAUGCUCAGGCUAGGGCUGGAUUUGGUGAGGCCCCAAUGGAGCUCUUUCUAUGGGCAGGAGAGCCGGUUUGGUGGUUGAGCAUUGUGUUAUCUUUACAGUGCUAUCAUCGAGCAGUGUUGAGCAUGGCGAUGGGCUAUCGUUGAGAUGUUAUCACUGAGAUAUUGUUAUCGCUGAUAUAAUUGCUACACUUGAUCUGUUCUCAUCACGCCACCUCUGCGGAAGAUCACGCACACCCG